GGCAUCUCUCUGCGGACUCCUAUUGCGAAAACCGGCUGGCAAUGGUUCCUUCAUUUACUUUAACACCCAUCCCCAAAGUGAUCGUCUCCGUCCCAGUCACUCCCAACCCCACUUGGAACCCGGGCUCUCCACAGUAGGCAGCUUUCCGGUUUCCCUGACGAACGACCGGGGCCCAGGGCGAACACUUUGCCCGAUAGUCAUCUCUCUACAGCCAAGCACAGUCCGUCACCACCACACCAGAUCCCUCACCGACACCCUUCCUCCCACGCCCACCCAGCCACCCAAGCACCCAAGCACCCAGCCAUGGGCAGCGUCGCCAACCCCGCCCUCGCGGCAAUAGCCUCCUACUGUCUCUCCUCGAUUCUCAUGACGGUCGCAAACAAACUUGUGCUUUCAAGUUAUCAGUUUAAACUCAAUUUCUUACUACUGGCUGUUCAAUCGCUUGUCUGUGUUGUUGUUUUGGAGGGGUUUACGGCGUUUGGACUGGUGACGAGACGCGCUUUCAGGAAGAGCGAUGCGCAGAAAUGGUUCAUCGUCUCCUUCUCCCUCGCGGCCAUGAUCUACACCGGCUCCAAAGCCCUUCAAUACCUCUCCAUCCCCCUCUUCACCAUCUUCAAAAACCUCACCAUCGUCGUCAUCGCCUUCUCCGAGCGUACCUUCCUCAACGGCGCGCCCGUCACCCGCUUGAUGAUCAUCGCGUUCAGUAUGAUGGUCGUGUCCUCGUUGAUUGCCGGGUGGUCGGAUAUCGCGAGCGGGAACGUGUUGAAGGGCGAUGGGAGUGUGGGGUGGGUUGUCGCGUAUGGGUGGAUGGUGCUGAAUUGCGCAACGACGGCUGGGUUUGCGUUGUUGAUGAAGAAGAAGAUCAGGGAGGUCAAUUUUAAGGAGUUUGACACUGUGUUCUAUAACAACCUCCUCUCGAUCCCUAUCCUCCUCCUCGCCUCCCUCCUCCUCGAGACACCCGAAGCACGGCGCACCUACGCCAAAUACACCACCCCGGAGCACGCUUCUGAAGUCCGCGGCCUACUGAUCGGAAUCGCUAUCAGCGGCGUCAGCAGCUUUGGGAUCAGUUAUAGCACCGCGUGGUGUAUGCGGGUUACGAGUUCUACAACUUAUAGUAUGGUAGGCGCACUCAACAAACUGCCCAUCGCCGUCGCCGGGAUGGUCUUCUUUAACGAUCCCGUUACGUUCGGCGGGGUGUGUGGUGUCGCAAUAGCGUUCCUGGGCGGAAUAGUCUACAGCCACGCCAAAAACAUGCAAUCCCACCACCCAGUUAAAGCCGCGUCCGACCUGCCGCUACCGGCGAUGAGCAAGCCUGAGAAGGGAGUUAUGAGAAGGUUGCUAAAAUUCUCGGUCGCUCCAAAAUCAGGGAUAUACAUCUUCGCACACUACCAGGCAUCAGACGACCAGUAG